UGGACUGAACUUCAGCGGUGGUGUGGAGUGGUGUGGACUAAGAUCCACUCUCACUCUGUAGUUUUCUCGAAUCUCCGUGCCCAUUCCGCACCUCCACCAUUCCCCAUCCACUCUCACAUAAAGAGAUGAAUGGUGUGGCAACGCAUCCUCCGCCCCGCCGUCCCGCUACCUCGGCUCCGGCUCCGCCUCGCCCCCGUCGCCAGCCGGCGUAAUAGCCCGCUCCUCCGCUGCUCCGCGUCCGGCGGUGACGGCGGCGGCGGGACCGACAAGGUUCUUGAGGAGAAGAGGAAGCACCGGGCCGAGCUCACCGCCCGCAUUUCCUCCGACGAGUUCACCGCCCAAGGCCCCGGAUGGCUCGCGCCCGUCGCGGCGAGGCUGGUCAAGCUGGGCCCGCCCGGGGAGCUCGCGGCCGGGCUGCUCACCAAGGUAGCGGGCGGCGCGCGCACGGGCCCGGAGCUGCCGCAGGCGGUCGGGUCGCUGGCUUCCGUCGCCGGGGAGGCCUUCUUCCUGCCGCUCUACGACCUCUUCCUCACCUACGGCGGCGUCUUCCGCCUCAACUUCGGGCCCAAGAAAAGAGGAACUUGGAAUUUUGUUGAUGACUCGCAAGCAGCAGAAAAAUCAUCCAGUUUCUAAUUUUCUAGCCAUAUCCAAGAGCCUUUUUUGCUACGGAACUCUGAAGCACGUGGUUGAAGUAAACAUUGUACAGAGUACGGAGAAAGACUUCGCAUAUUCAGCAGCAGACUCCAAGCUGCUGGUGCGAAAACAGAAUUUGCACCGUACAACAGGCAAAGCCUCACUACAGAGUUCCACAUAGGGAUAUGCUUUUUGCAAAGGUGCUAUCUUUUGAUAAAUAUGACCUGGGAUAUUUUAAUGGAUUGAAGUUGACUCGAACCUCGAGCAAGUGUUGGUUAUCCCCUUGAUAUUGUAGUAUGCAGUGCUUUGGGUGCAGAUAUGUAUGAGUGUGUCUAUCCAACACGCACCGCUCGCUUUGGGAAUGCACUUGUGCCUGAG